AUGGAGGUUGAUUACUUCACAAAUCUACCAUCAGAAAUCACCAUGGAAAUCCUGUCACACCUCUCUAUCCGAAGCCUUGCAAUCAGCAAAUCCGUUUGCAAAUCAUGGCGCGAUCUGUUCGAUACCGUCAAAUCCAAAAUCAAAACCCCACCCGCCCUAGUUCAAAUUUACUGGGGGCAUUACUCAACCCGGUGCAAGAUUAUCGAAAUUGAAGACGAAGAUGAAGCUGAUCUUCACUACCAUCCGCUCACAGAUUUGGAGAUCACAGGACUAAUGGAAGGCUACAGAAUACGAAAGCAAUGUGUCGCCGCUAAUGGAUUGCUUCUUUUUUACUCAACAUUAAGCUGCCCUUUUUACAUAUGCAAUCCGAUCACUCGUGAGUAUACCGAGCUCUGCUGCCCUGUGCCACCGAAUCCUGUGAUGCGAUUUGGAUUUGGUGUAAGCGAAAUAAGUCAGCAAUAUAAGGUGAUCGGUAUCAAUUCGUUCCCUAAAUCCGACCUUCAUUAUGUCUACACCCUCGGAACAGGAACAUGGAGGCGCCUUGAAGCCGGCAAGGUUUCUGGUUUCGUAUUCGAGUCAGUUGGAUGCACAAUAUGUAAUGGCAACCUCCAUUGGAUAGUAGUUGACUCGAGUCGUAUCCAAUGGAUUUGUAGUUUUGACCUUGAAACAGAACAUUUUAGCAUCUUCUCCCUUCCUCUUGCGGGAAUUAGAAACGGGGAAUUAUCUGUUUUGAGUGACUGUCUGUGUUAUUCUUACUACAACAAACGCCAAGAUGAAAUUCUCAUCUGGAUGAUGAAGGAAUACCAAGUCAAUGAAUCUUGGACCGUAGAGUACAAGAUGAGUACCGCUAGUUUUGAUGGGCAUUAUACACUUGUUCAUUAUACACUUGUUAAAGCAAUUAAAUUUUUUAAAGAUGGUGAUGUUUUGAUGUUGCUGGACCAUUCUAUUCUAGUCUACUACUCCAACAAGACUAGAACUCUCCAACAAGUUAAUAUGUUGAAGGAUGCAGAUGAAAACAAGGGUUAUCCCAGGAUUUUUAAUCCUAGCCUUCUCUCACUCAAGAGUUUCGGAUUCGAGAAUGUGAUCUCGUUUUAG